AUGUUUCUUGCUCGAAAAGCAACCUUGAACUAUGAGAGAAAAAGCUAUCCAGGACUAGCGCUAGUGUGUGAUUCUACGGCCAUGAAUGGAGAAGAUCCGCCGGUUAAAAGUAUUCUGAGUAAAAGCAUGUUUCUUGCUCGAAAAGCAACCUUGAGCCCUAAGAGAAAAAGCAAUCGAGGACUAGCGCGAGUGUGCGAUUCUACGGCCAUGAAUGGAGAAGAUCCGCCGGUUAAAAGUAUUAUGAUGCUUCCUGAUGAUAUGUUACUAAACUGCUUAGCCCGCAUCUCAAGGUUGUGCUAUCCUACUCUUUCUUUAGUCUCCAAAAGAUUCCGCUCUCUCUGUACAUCUACGGAGCUUUACCAGACUCGAACCCUCUUAGGCCGCACCGAAAGUUGUCUCUACGUAUGCUUACGGUCCAGUACCAAUUCUAACAACCCACGACGUUGGUUCACUCUCUCUCGAAGACCAAAUAGUCUCACGAAAGUUUUGGUACCGGUUUCAUCUGCCAAAUCUCCCUGUGAUUCUUGCUCGGAUGCUGUAGUGGUUGGUCCUAAUAUCUAUGCAAUUGGUGGAUUAGUAAAUAAUAAUGCAUCUACUAGCGUCAUGGUCAUGGACUGUCAUUCUCACACAUGGCGUGAGGCCCCAAGUAUGCGGGUGGCCCGAUCGUUGCCAUCUGCUUGUGUCCUCGAUGGAAAGAUAUAUGUAAUGGGAGGUUGCGACAAGCCUAAUUCAACAAAUUGGAUAGAGGUUUUUGAUACGAAUACCCAAACUUGGGAAGUUUUGCAGAUCCCUAACAAGAAGGAGAUAUGCCAAGACUCUAGGUACGAAAGUGUUGGGUAUGAAGGAAACGUUCAUGUGAGGUCUAGAGAAAAAAAUGUGACUUGCAAGCUGUAUAAAGGUAGAUGGAGAGCAGUAGACUUACCGAUGGAUAUGGGAUGGGCGAGGUCAAUAUCUUUUUGUGUGAUAGCCAACAUGUUCUACCGUUAUACAGUCCUUUCGAUUGAUUGGUAUGAUCCCAAAGCAAGAUUAUGGAGAGCUUUGCAUGGUUUGAAAGAUUUGAAGGGACUACCUAGUUUUUAUGGUAAUGCUGAUGUUAAAUUGGCAAAUCAUGGUGGAAAAAUGGUGGUUCUGUGGGAGAAGUAUGGGCAUGUUGAGAACCAUCGGCAAAAAGCAAUAUGGUGUGCUGAAAUUGCGCUUGUAAGACACCAAAAUAGGGAGAUUUGGGGAACGCUGGAGUGGUAUGGCGAAGUCUUUAUAUCCAGUGAACCAUAUGGUUUAGUGCAUGCUCUUGCAACUACUAUUUGA